AUGAAGGAAUUAAAUCGUAACGUCUUACUCAUCCUAGAUAGUGCCUCUUCAUAUACUACUAGUGCUCUCAUUCUAACUAAUACAAAAGUGCUUAAACUACCUCUGUAUACAACAUCAAAGAUACAGCCCAUAGACGCUAGCAUUAUCGCAUCAUUUAAGCUUCAUUAUCUUCAUAUGCAACUUCAACAUGCAAUUGAUCAUGAUGAAGCUAGAGAAAGUGAUAUAUAUCAAAUUGACCAAUUGCAAGCUAUGAAAUGGAUAAAGGUUGCUUGGGGUGAAAUAUUUUUAUACGUAAAAAUUAUAUCCCCUCGUGAUGAAGAUGGAAUGCCUAUUGACCCACUACCUCUUUAUGAAGAUAAAAUGUCUGUUGUUCUACCUCCUUUUGUUAAAGAUGUAGAAGACUUACUUGUUGAAGAUGUGAAAGAAAAUCUAUUUGUUGAUUUGGAUAAUGAAUUAGCCAUCAAGGAGCUUCAGCAAGUACUAGAUAUAUUGCACCUUCAGAAUUCAAUAUCAAUUAAAGAUUUGUUAAAUCUUGAGAAAGAAAAAAUAGAUACACAUCAGCAAUUUAGUGAUGAAGAUUUUAUUCAAACUGCUAUAGAAGUAGAACAAGUAGAAAAUGAAAUAAUUAUACAACCUUUAACCGGAAAGGAACAGUUAGAUAUUCUGCGCAAUGCUCUAAGAAUUGUUGAUGAAAGAAUUGAUGACAGUGGGGUAAUAAUGAAAUCUUUGUGCAAGCUUCAAUCAUAUAUUUGUGGGGAGGUUCGAAAGGAAGAAGCCGAAAAACAG